AUGCGUCUUCCAUCCCCCGCUGCGGCUCGCGGAGGCGGCCGUCAUUCCCUCUGCAGUGGCUCCCCCUUCCUUUGUUGGAACUUCAAGGGGAGAAAGGAGUUGCUUGCGCAGUCUUCUAUCUGGGCCGCAGACGCGAGGGGCUUCCGCUCGGACGCGGCUUUGCACGCUCUAAGGCGAGCGGGCGCCCACCCCGCGUUUCCCCCCUUGGAGAGCGGCGACGGAAGGGGAGGAGGAGGGGCAGGCGUCGAGGGUUCUGUGUUGACGCCCGACAAUGCUCGUGACGAGAAUGGCUUUAGCCUCGUGCUGUACAACUACCCAUCCUUCUCGGCCACCCUGGCGGCGGUCUUCGCCCGUCGCUACUAUUCCCUUCGCCGUCUCCCUGCCCUCGUUUUGCCCUUCUCCUCCGUUGAGCCGCUCAGGUACCGACACCUCCUCAGUGCGCCGCGCCCCGUAGAGAAUUCCGCUCCCCACCUAUUUGUGCAAAUGCCUCACCCAUCUCUUCUCUUCUCUUCUCUUCUCUAAGUGAAGUAGCAGGAACGUCCUCUUUCGCUUGACGUUGGCGUUUGUGCAGGGUGGACGAUCUGAAACUCCAGGGCCUGAGGACGUGCUACCUUCUCGACUUCGUCGGUCCGGGCCGUUUUGCUGUGGAGCUGUCGCGGUUCAUCCCCGAGUAAUCUUUUCUGCUCGUUUGUUUCCUCGGAGGUUCUCCAUUGGAAAUCUCCGCAGGUUGUUGAUUCUGCUGCGAGGAAAGAGAUACUAACCGAUCGCAUUAUUCUGUCGCGCAGUGUGGUCGCCUUCGACCACCGAAAGCUGACGGCGGAGCGGAUCUCGCGGUUUGGAAGCUGCCCAGGGAACCUGGAGCUGCGUGUCGACACGAGCAAGAGCAGCGCUCGCGAUGUCUAUGCCUACUUCUCCGAGAAAUUUUUUGAAUCCGGACACCCUGUGGUUAGCAUCUUCCGGUGAACUUUAGUCACUGAUAUAGCGCUUACUCUUCGAUCUCCUCAUUAGCCAGCCCUUCCUGUUUGUGGGCUUGGCAGGAGGAAUCUGUGAGCUUCCUGAAUCAGCAGGAAGAGCGCCGCGUCGAGAGCCUUCUCGAGUACACCGAAGAUGAGGAUCUUCGCCGACGGGACCUGGCAGAGAUCCGGGCGUUCAAGAUCGGGCUCAGAGAAGCACAAGCUAAUCUUAAUUGCCUCACGAAUCCUCAUGUUUUCGAGCAGGUUAAUCGACCCGUUUCAUGAUUCUGGGCCUGAUUUAUCUGGGCAGGCUCUCAACAUGGGUUCCUCUCUCUCUCUCUCUUCUUUCCCAUGCCGACACUUAAAACUGUGCGCUUCUCGAACAGGUGCUGGAGAUCGACCCUACCGAACUAAUAGCCCAGGGGAAUUCCCGCAUGUCCUCCAGGCUCGAUCCAGCGAGGAAGCUGCUGGGAAAGGAGUUCAAGAUUAGGCUGGGACGAGGUUUCUACGGGGAAUGCCUGGUAAGGCGAGCUUCCCCUCCCCCCCCCCCCUUUCCAAUUCGUAAGUCGCCCAAAAAAAAAGAAGAAAUCUGUCUGUCUGCUGCACAUUUGGUCUCCAGAUGAAGAUUAUGCCAAACUAGUUUGCAGAACAUCCGCUGAAAGUGAACGGCUCUCUCUUGGUUGUGUCCUGUCUUCUUCCAGUGCAUACGAGCGGACGGGCAUUCUCAUUUGAGCCAUGAAAUCGGCGACGAGCUCAGCAGGAGGAGCGCUGCCGCCGGGCUGAGGUGUGGUGCCUGGGCUUAAAAGAGCCUACCAUAUCUUGCAGCUCAGCCUGCCAUCUGAUAAAGCUAAAACUGCUGAUUCUGUCUGUGUGCCCACUGACCCCGUCGGGCCAGGCCCAUAGGUGCGGUGGCGUUCAUGCAGCGGGGCAACCUCAAAAUAUGCCUGAGGUCUACCGACGGCGCCACCGACACCGCUGAGGUCGCUAAGGUGAGGCCGCAGGCUGCAACACUGCUCUUGGAAAGAAGAAUAAUUGUCCACUGAAGCUGGGACUAUGCUCUCAUCCUUCUUUCGUUUUUAUAGGCGUACGGUGGGGGCGGGCGAUCCGGCUCCAGCUCCUUCAUCAUAAGGAUGGACGAGUACGGCCUCUGGACUCUCCCGAAUCCGUUAUGA